CGCCAUGACUCUUCAUCGCAAGCUCCAACAUUGUUUAUAAAAGGAUUGGCAUCCCAACCACACUACUCAAUGGCUCUCAAAGGCCCCUCAAUAUCAACAGCCGUAAAGGGUCUGAUAAGGCCCUCGGUACAACAAAAAGCACCCAAAUCCCUCCGCAACUAUUCAGCUCCUAUAUCUGGAGCAAUUCCAGCUGCGAAGCAAAAAUAUGUUCCUACAAGCGGCAAAUACCCAAGGGGAUUCCUUGUUUCAGGGACUCACGUCGGAGUUAAGCCUUCAAAUAAGUCCAACCCAGACAUCGGCCUCCUAGUCUCGGAAACACCCUGCGGCGCCGCUGCGGUAUUCACAAAGAACAAGUUCCAAGCGGCUCCAGUGACUGUUAGCAGGAAUAUGCUGAACCGCAGGAAGAAUACUGGGAUUCGUGGGGUUAUUAUCAACUCGGGGUGUGCCAAUGCUGUUACUGGAAAGGGCGGCUUAGAAGACGCGGAGAGCAUGGGCGCCGCAGCUGAUGCCUGCUUUACUGCGCCUGGCGAUGGCAAGGGAGGAAGCUCUAUAGUAAUGAGCACUGGUGUUAUCGGACAGAGGCUCCCCAUCCAAAAGAUUCUCGACGGUGUCCCAGCAGCCCACAAAGCACUGGGUUCUUCUCAUGAGCACUGGCUAGCCGCUGCCUCAGCAAUCUGCACUACCGACACCUUCCCCAAACUUAUAUCGCGCACUUUCUCCUUGUCGUCUUCGCCAGCAACGGAAUACCGCAUCUCGGGUAUGACAAAGGGCGCCGGCAUGAUACACCCUAAUAUGGCCACUCUUCUCGGCAUGAUCGCAACCGAUGCGCCGAUCUCCCCAACACUCCUCCCCACCCUCCUUACUUCCGCUGUCGACUCGUCGUUCAACAGCAUUUCUAUCGAUGGUGACACAUCCACCAACGAUACCGUGGCGCUCUUCGCCAACGGCGCUGCUGGCGGCCAAGAGAUUACAUCGGCCUCCUCUCCGGAUUACAAGGAGUUCCAAGCCGUGCUCACGGAAUUCGCGACGGACCUCGCGAAGCUUGUUGUCCGCGACGGCGAGGGCGCUACAAAAUUCGUCACCAUCCGCGUCACCGAGUCUGCCACCGUCGAGGCCGCCCGCAAGGUCGCUUCGACGAUUGCGAAGUCGCCGCUCGUCAAGACGGCUCUGUACGGAAAGGACGCGAACUGGGGACGGAUCCUCUGUGCUACUGGGUACUCGCUGAUCUCGGAGCCGGGACUGCCGAUUAAUGAAGUGGAGGAGAUCGCGACUGACAAGACGAAUGUCUCGUUUGUGCCGGCGGAUGGCUCGGCGGAGCUGAAGCUCCUGGUUAAUGGAGAGCCUGAGGCUGUGGAUGAGGAGCGGGCGGCUGAGAUUCUGGCGAUGGAGGAUUUGGAGAUUGUGGUUAGGUUGGGAACAGGGAAGGCAGAGGCAAACUACUGGACAUGCGACUUCAGUCAUGAGUAUGUGACCAUUAAUGGGGAUUAUAGGACGUAGGUAGGGAGAAGUUAAGGAAUGAAGUGCAGACUCAUGCCUCGGUCGUGUAUCCCAUAAGUUUAGGUAGUACGGACGGAGUACUUCCUCCCCCAACCCAACUCAACUGCCAUGCUAUGUACCCCUACCGUAACUUACAGUACAGAUCAGUACAUGUGCUGUUAAGGGGCUUUCCUCUGCUAUUCGCCCUCUUCGCCCUCUUCGCCCUCUUUCCCACUGGCAACUUUCCUGUUCUCUCCAGUAGCAUGAAAUAAU